AUGGCUCCACGAUCGCGAGCAAGCCGCGCUGGUACUGAUGCGUCUAUAUCAGAUGCAGCAGAUCAUCAUCGCGGCGAAUCAAUGGAAGUUGAUGAAACUCCCGACUACACAGACUCUGAUACCAACCCCAACACCACGGCAAGCAGCGUUGUCGGGGACCCCUCGGCUGACGGCCGGAAACGACGCUCGGAAGCGAAUCAAUUGCGCCGGAGCAUUUUUGGCAAAAAACAUGACCGCCUGGGCGAAUCAAAGGAAGAUGAUACCAUCAGGCGAUUUCGAUAUUUGCUGGGAUUGACCGACCUUUUCCGCCAUUUCAUCGAAACGAACCCCGACCCCAAGAUUCGAGAAAUCAUGGCCGAAAUCGAUCGUCAAAAUUCCGAGGCAGCUCACAACAAGAAGGGCGCUGGCCGGCAAGGAGGAGCUACCAGCGAUCGACGCCGACGGACAGAAGCCGAAGAAGACGCAGAGCUUCUCAAAGACGAGAAGCACGGGGGGUCCGCGGAAACCGUCUUUCGCGAGUCGCCACACUUUGUCCAAGGCCAAAUGAGGGAUUACCAGAUCGCGGGCCUCAACUGGCUCAUCUCGCUGCAUGAGAACGGAAUAUCGGGCAUCUUGGCCGACGAAAUGGGUCUCGGCAAGACUCUUCAGACCAUUUCGUUUCUGGGCUAUCUUCGGCACAUUGCGGCCAUUACUGGGCCGCACCUGAUCACGGUUCCCAAGUCGACGCUGGACAAUUGGAAGCGCGAGUUUGCCAGGUGGACGCCAGAGGUCAAUGUCCUGGUGCUCCAAGGUGCCAAGGAAGAGCGACACAACCUCAUCAACCAGCGUUUGGUUGAUGAGAAGUUUGACGUCUGCAUCACCAGCUACGAAAUGAUCUUGAGGGAAAAGGCUCAUCUGAAAAAGUUUGCCUGGGAGUACAUCAUAAUUGACGAAGCACAUCGCAUAAAGAACGAGGAGUCUUCUCUUUCUCAAAUCAUCAGAUUGUUCCAGUCGCGAAACCGACUCCUCAUCACCGGCACGCCGUUGCAGAACAAUUUGCACGAACUCUGGGCGCUCCUCAACUUCCUCCUGCCCGACGUCUUUGGCGACUCGGAAGCCUUUGACCAGUGGUUUUCGGGCCAAGAUCGUGACCAAGACACGGUUGUUCAGCAGCUUCACCGUGUUUUGCGCCCGUUCUUGCUCCGCCGCGUCAAGAGCGACGUGGAAAAGAGCUUGCUCCCCAAAAAAGAAAUCAAUGUAUACUUGGGCAUGUCGGAAAUGCAGGUCAAGUGGUACCAAAAGAUUCUCGAGAAGGACAUUGACGCUGUCAAUGGAGCAGGGGGUAAGCGAGAGUCAAAGACUCGGCUUCUCAACAUCGUCAUGCAGCUGCGAAAGUGCUGCAACCACCCCUACUUGUUCGAAGGUGCCGAACCCGGCCCGCCUUAUACCACUGACGAGCACUUGAUCUACAAUGCUGGAAAGAUGGCCGUCCUGGACAAGCUGCUUGCUCGCCUGCAAAAGCAGGGGAGCAGGGUGCUCAUCUUCUCGCAGAUGAGCCGUCUCCUGGACAUCCUCGAGGACUACUGCGUUUUCCGAGAAUACAAUUACUGCCGCAUCGACGGCGGGACUGCGCAUGAGGAUCGAAUUGCUGCCAUUGACGAGUACAACAAACCCGGCUCCGAAAAGUUUGUCUUUCUGCUGACGACCCGAGCCGGCGGCUUGGGCAUCAACUUGACGUCGGCCGACAUUGUAGUCCUGUACGAUAGCGACUGGAAUCCCCAGGCUGAUUUGCAAGCCAUGGAUCGCGCCCACCGCAUCGGACAAACAAAGCAGGUUGUCGUGUAUCGAUUCGUCACGGAUAACGCCAUUGAGGAAAAGGUUCUGGAGCGCGCGGCACAGAAGCUGCGUCUCGACCAGCUCGUCAUUCAGCAAGGCCGCGCGCAAAUAGCCGCCAAGGCUGCCGCGAACAAGGACGAGCUACUGUCCAUGAUCCAGCACGGCGCGGAAAAGGUCUUCCAGUCCAAAGGCGCAACGGGAAACCUGGGGAAGCAAGCGCUGGAUGACGACGAGAUCGACGCCAUCCUUAACCAGGGCGAAUCCAGGACGAAAGAGCUCAGUGCCAAGUACGAAAAGCUUGGCAUCGACGACCUGCAGAAGUUCACGUCCGAGUCGGCCUACCAGUGGAACGGGGAAAACUUUGCAAACAUCAAAAAGGACGUCGGCAUCAGCUGGAUCAACCCAGCGAAGCGCGAGCGCAAAGAGCAGUCCUACUCAAUGGACAAGUAUUUCAGGCAAGCCAUGUUUCCGAACCCCAAGGGCGAUGCCAAGCCGAAGGCACCCAGGGCUCCUAAACAGAUCCCGGUGCAGGACUACCAGUUCUACCCCCCGCGCCUGCGCGAUCUCCAGGACAGGGAGACGGCCCACUACAGAAAGGAGAUUGGGUACAAGGUCCCGCUUCAGGACGGCGACGACGAGAACUUGUCGGAGCGAGAAGCGGAGCGCGCUCUCGACCAGCAAGAGAUCGACAACGCCACCCCUCUGACCGAGGAAGAGAAGAAGGAGAAGGAGGAGCUCUCGACCAAGGGGUUCGGAAACUGGAGCAGAAGAGACUUUCAGCAAUUCGUCAACGGGUCGGGGAAAUAUGGGCGGCACGACUACGAGGGCAUCUCGCACGAAAUCGACAGCAAGACGCCGGCGGAAAUCAAGGCCUACGCCAAGGUCUUUUGGCAGCGAUACACCGAGAUUGCCGACUACACAAAGUCCAUCAAGGUGAUUGAGGACGGGGAGGAGCGCACGCGCAAGAUGGAAAACCAGCGCAAGCUGCUGCGCAAAAAGAUGUCCCAGUACAGAGUGCCGCUGCAGCAGCUCAAGAUCAACUACUCCAUCUCGACGACCAACAAGAAGGUGUACACCGAGGAGGAGGACCGCUUCCUGCUGGUGCUGCUCGACAAGUACGGCAUCGACUCGGAGGGCCUGUACGAGAAGAUGCGCGACGAGAUUCGCGACUCGCCCCUCUUCCGCUUCGACUGGUUCUUCCUCAGCAGGACGACGACGGAGCUGUCGCGCCGCUGCACGACCCUGCUCACCACCAUUGUCAAGGAGUACGAGGACGUCCCCGCCCGCGGAUCGAACGGCGUCAACGGUAAGACCAAGCGCGACCCGGACGACGAGAACGACGAGGACAGCAUCCUCGGCGCGCCCGCCAAGAAGAAGUCCAAGAAUGGGGUCAAGAACAAGGCUCUCGACAACGUCAAGUCCAGCAAAGCCAGCUCCAAAGCCACAUCUCGCGCUUCCAGCGUGGCGUCGACCGGCUCCAACACCACGUCAAAAGGCAAGAAGGGUAAAAAGAGAAAGUAG